AUGGGGCAGAAAGGAUCCUCAGACUCCACCCUAUCGCCUGCUGAUAGAUCUAAGGAGUUUUCAGACUUUUCAGCUAGGCCAAGAACUCCCUCAUCCUCGACGAAAAGUUCCCCGAUAUGCAUUUCUCCAGUCAAAGACUUCCUGGAGGAUGCAGGCUCUCCCACCCCUAGAAAGAGGGUUUAUGGUCAGGGUCGAAGAAGUAAGUACUCUAGGGCAGGCAGGACCGUGUCAAGAGAGUUACUAGUGCCGUUUAGGGAUGGUGAUUUGCGGAAAGAGGCCAGCUUUAGUACCAGUUCACAGAAUUGCUUGCCUGAUGAUAUUGUGUUUUCGCCAGAACGUUUCGUGACAUCGAAGCUUGCACCGAAACACUCGCCUCAGCUUUCUCCGGAUCCCUUUGUGAGGGCCUCUCCAAAGAGCCCAGAAAAUAGCAAAAUCCAGCCAGAACAUUAUCUUCAGCAGACUCCAUCACCUAGAAGUCCAACAGUGUCUUUGCGAGUCAUGCCUACAACGGUUGCAGAUGAAAAGGGAAUUUGGGACUUCUUCGAUUCUGAGACAGCUCUGACCCAGAUAUCACCGCGAAAAAGGCUAGUCGAUCGAUCUCAUUUGUCUGUAAACGAUAGUCCCACUUUAAUGACCCCUUCUGAACCUACUGAGCCGGAUUUUUGGACAAAGAUAAGCUCUAAGCUGCAAGAUUCACUUUCCCAGUUGGAGGAGGUGGUGAUGCCUUCUAAAAAAGAGGCGCGUGUAUCUACGAUUCCAGCUUUUUCAAAUUCUUCACAUCGAUUUGCGAGGACUUAUGGAAUGACUAGGAGUUUUAGAAUGGACGAUGAAACUGAUCGUUCAGCCACAGGCUCGAUGACUGGCUCGGAUGAUGAAUUUGAGCAACAUCCCAUCGAAGCCCAAUCUGAACCAGCUUCUAACGUUCACAGCUUGUGGUAUUUGAAAAGUCUUUCACAGGCAACUAAUCACACUGACGAGAUUGAGUAUUUGCUCGAGUGUUUCUCGAAACGGAGCUGGGGUUCUGUAUCUUUGCGAAGGUCCUCGCUGGUCGAGUAUCUUGGCAAGAUGUUGCGCGAUACAGGAUUUUCCAACCACGUUUAUGCCAAUGAAUUUCCAAAAAAUUUGGUGGAAAACGUGAUACUUCAGGAAGAAACUGACGCAGUCAUAAAUGGAACUCUGUCGUUAAUUUUAACGGAUGUUCUUUCCAGAGAAAGCGGCUCUCGCAAUGCGGCGAAAGAGAGUGUUUCGCAAUUGUUGAUGCAGUCUAAAUAUCAACGGAAACUGGCCAAAUUCAUUAAGUCUCAACUUGAAUCCCAAAAUGAUAUUCAUGGAUCCUAUUAUGGUGUUUCUGAAUGGGAUUCGUGCUUGGAGAUUGUGGCUCAAGAGAUCUCUUCCAGCGCUGGUGUUGAGAUCAAGCCAAAUGAGAUCACGCCUGUUUAUCUGGGAACAAUUCUUCUCAAAGCAUGUUUGUACGCUUUGGAGAACUUUGGCCAACAAAUUGUUGGUGAUCUAGCCAAUCUAAUACUAGAAUUGACGACAACCCACAUUCAAACCGGAUCCUAUAUGGAGACCAUUCUGACCACAGAACUGUGCUCUAUCCUGGAACAGAUGUGGUCAACUGGAGCAUUGAUGCCUUAUUAUGUGGAUCAUUUGGAUCAUUUUUCGGUUUCGAUCAACAAGCUUCUGCUGCCUCUGCAAAGUAGAUGCAACUCCAACGAUCCCUAUCUUCUCAGGUUCAGGUCCCAGUUGUGCAAACUUUCAAUUGUCAUUUGCACUGGAGAGGGAAAUGAUGGUCUGAAGUGUUUGGGCUGCAAUUAUGGCUUUGUCGACGAGCUGGUAAGAUGCAUAUCGGAUUCUGGUAUUCUUAUGGACAACCCCCAGUUGAUCAAAGCAGAAUAUGAUUAUGCAAUGUACAGUAUUGGUCUUUUGUUUCGAAUAGCCGAUGAUAAUGAAUGUCAAAGACUGUUUGGGGAAGAUGAGGCAGUUCUGAGUGCUUUGAAAUUGCUUCAAGAUUCUGCCGUGAUUCCCCAAGAACCGCAGAAGUAUGAUGCUCGGUACUACUUCUCGCUCAUCAUAGGGAUCUUGAGUACAAGCAGCCACGUUGAAUACGAUUUUGAUAUUGGCAAAGCGACAGGAUUAGUUGAUGUAAAGAGUGUUGAUGAUGAUGGCGAAAUUGCAUCUGGUCCUAGCAAUCCUGCUUUUAUUGCUUGA